CGGAGCGAGGGGCCGGCGUCUGCGCCGCGGCGGAGGCCGAGGCCGCUUUCCCCAGGCCGGCCCGAGGCCCGUAACGUCACUGGGCGGCGAGGCCUUUCCCCGCCGCCGCUGCCGGGGCCAUCAUGUCUGAAGCGGCGGAGGAGCAGCAGCUGAUGGAAACGGCCGCUACUGAGAACGGCCAUGAAGCCGCCCCCGAUGGGGAGCCUCCGAGUGAGGCCGCGAGCGGCACCGGGACCGGGACCGGAACUGGGAUUGGGACCGGGACCGGGACCGGGACUGGGACCGCGACCGGGAGCGGGAGUGGGUCCGGGGCGGCGGCCCCGGUGGCGGCGCCUCCUGCGGCCCCAGCUGGGAGCCAGAACGGGGCCGAAGGAGACCAGAUCAACGCCAGCAAGAACGAGGAGGAUGCAGGGAAAAUGUUUGUAGGUGGCCUCAGUUGGGACACAAGCAAAAAGGACUUGAAAGAUUAUUUCACCAAGUUUGGUGAGGUGGUUGAUUGCACGAUAAAGAUGGAUCCUAAUACAGGAAGAUCAAGAGGUUUUGGGUUUAUCCUCUUUAAAGAAUCUGCAAGUGUUGAUAAGGUUUUGGAUCAGAAAGAACACAGAUUAGAUGGACGGGUAAUUGAUCCAAAAAAAGCUAUGGCCAUGAAGAAAGAUCCUGUGAAGAAGAUCUUUGUUGGAGGACUUAAUCCAGAAGCUACAGAAGAUAAAAUCCGGGAAUAUUUUGGAGACUUUGGAGAGAUUGAAUCUAUCGAACUUCCAAUGGAUCCAAAGACAAACAAAAGAAGAGGAUUUGUAUUCAUCACUUUUAAAGAAGAAGACCCUGUUAAGAAGAUUUUAGAAAAGAAAUUUCAUAAUGUCGGUGGAAGUAAAUGUGAGAUCAAAGUGGCCCAGCCUAAAGAAGUGUACCAGCAGCAGCAGUACAGCUCUGGAGGCAGCCGAGGAGGCCGGAGCCGAGGGAGUAGAGGAUCUGGAGGUGGCGGUGGAGGCAGUGGAAGUGGUGGCAGUGGAGGCAGUGGAGGGGGAGCUCAAAGUCAAAAUUGGAAUCAAGGUUAUGGCAACUAUUGGAAUCAGGGAUAUGGCAACCAGGGCUAUGGCUAUCAGCAAGGCUAUGGCGGUUACGGCGGCUACGACUACUCCCCUUAUGGCUAUUACGGCUAUGGACCAGGCUACGACUAUAGUCAGGGCAGUACAAAUUAUGGAAAGACUCCAAGGCGUGGUGGUGGUCAUCAGAAUAACUAUAAGCCAUAUUGAGGCAGUCCUGUGCGGUAUGCAGCGGCAUGCUCAGUGUUCAGAGGGACUGCACACGUUUUAUACGGAAAUGCUCUAGGUGGACAUUAAAAUUAUGUACCAAAUUUAACUUUGCAAACUUUCUAUGGCCUGUUCAAUGUGCAUCUUAUUUAAAAUUCCCCCUUGGAAAAUGUCUUUCAUGUUGAAUAUUUACAGAUCUCUAGUUGUCUUAGACAGUGUGUGGUGUGUAAAUGCCAGUCUUAAGCAAGAUAUUAAUGAAUGAAUUUAUUAAUAGGUUAAACAGCAAUGAUUUUGAGGGUCUGCUUAAAGUCCAGCUCAGCCUCUUGGCUUGAGCAUGGCCUCUGCAAUGCUCUGGUUGUACAGAUGAAAAUGCCUCCUUUUUUUCACCUUUUUAUUUUAUAUUGUUUGUGUCAUACAUUUCCGGCAAUGGAAGUGUUAAUUUUACUGUACUUUUUGGUACCUUUUGGGAAUCUAAUGUAUUGUAAGGUAUUUUACAUGUGUCCUGAUUACCAUGACAUGGAUAUUGAAGCUAUCCUAGCUUUUGAAAUAAAAAAUUAACAAAAAACACA